CCCGCUCAUGUUUGCUCCUACACCCAGACAUGCUCUCCCUGCACCACGCGCCUGGCUUCCCAUCUCGGUUCCCUUCCAACCAACCGCUUCCCCGUUCAGCACCGUCGCUGAGCUGUCAUGACUGAGGACGCGAGCAGCCACAAGAGAGCCAUUACUACCGCAUGUUAUAUCCACCACCGCAACAAACGCCGCUUUCAUCCCCGCUACCUCCGCCGCAACCUCCACCACAUCCUGGACGCCCAUCAAUCCCUCUUGCAGCAGCAGCAUCAUCAGCAGCCUCCUCCGCUUGGCCCCGCACUCUCCCAUGAGGACAUGGUUGCGAACGAAAAGCGCGACUGGGGCUGGGACUUUCCUACCACCGCCAUGCUCGAGGAGUACAUGAACGGCAACAAGCCCGUCUUGCACCUGCACUCUUUGCAGAUUCGACGCCCCGACUCCGCGGCGAGAAUCGAGAGUCCAAGACGAGAGCGCGUUGGCCAUGCAAGCGAGUGCGAAUGGCUGCCCGAUCCGAAAGUGGAUGCCAUGUGGCCUUGCACCGUCGGCAUCACGGUGUCCGUCCCGCGUGAUAAUCAGUAUGCCAAGAAGCAACUCCACCACGAAUACCUCUCGGCCACUAUCUUGCGAAAAGGACGAGAUGGUGCUUCCGAUCCUUACUUCGAUGUCCGCCUCGACAAGCCUUUCUAUUUCAAAGUCGACAAGCUGUUCCUCGUCACCGACUCGGGCAGCAAUGGCGCACGAUCGUGGAAGCGCACCAUUACCGCGCCCUACCACCUCGACAUCUCCAUUCAAUGCCAGGAUCUCGACGACAAUGCCGAUUUCUUGAGCGUACUGGAAAGCAGAGAUAUCUCGGCCUACCAGAACAUGCCCGUCAGCGAAGGCAUCAUCCGCGCCGUUUGGGAACAAAUCCCGACUUGUCCACCGGACGGCCACCUCCUCCCACUUAGAAGGUCGAGAGGGCAUAGCUUGCUGAAGCUCGACUACCAGCUCGAGGCUGCAAUGGGCUGGAUCAGCCGGAGAGAGUAUGCGCUCAAGGCGUACAACAAAUGCUACAACGCCAAACAGCAAGCAAGCCGGCAGCUCCUCACCCCCGGCGCGUCAGACGACAUGGAUAAGAGCACCACCAAGCAGCGCAACAUCAUCUGGCAAUUCCGCGAUGCUUUCGUAACAAGACGCCUCACCCUCGACACCCUCACCUGCGCUCUAUGCCAAGACGGCCGAACAUUCACCUGCUUCGGCUACCUCAUGUUGCAUUGCAAGCGCGACCACGACCACUUUGACAUCCACACCGACAACCCCCAAGACUUACAAGCGCACAGCGCAACCAUCACCCUUAGCGCCGCGCCUCCCGUCCGCGAACCGCUAGACGCCGAAGAAGACAAAGAAAUCGAAUGGGUCGCGCCCGGCCGACCCUUCGACCUCUCCGCCUACCUCCGAGGCAAAGACACCUGGACGCGCGAAGGGCACGCCACCAGCACCAAAAGCAAGCGCAGCGGCGCCACUCGCCCCCCAAAAUCACACCCGCAAUCCGCAACAUCAGCACUCCCCGCCUCCCCAGGCGCCUCGCGCAAACGCCCCGCUCUGAACGAAGUCCCCGACUUACCGCAGCACAUCGCGAAAAAGCACCGCGUCCCCACCGUCCCUGGCGUGACCUUCUACCACACCACCAGCAAGCAGCAAAUCGCGCACGGCUCGUACGUGUCUGAAAGCGACGACGAAAUCGACGAGAGCUGGCUCGCGCAGAGCCAGGAUAUCGCGCUGGAUAGUCUGGGCAUUGAUGGCGUGGGGAAAGCCUUCACGCGCGCAUUCAAUGUGCACCUGGGCGAGGAGCUGUGCAGUCAUUCUUCCCUGCUGACGCGCGAUGCAUUGGUGAGGUUCGCGAGGAGGUGCAAAGCGGAGUGGAGGCAUUUGUUUAAAGACAAGCUAGAGCAGUUGAGGCGCGUGGGAGUCAUCGGGUCGGAAGUGGUGGAAUUCUGCCUGAACAUUGCUGGAGGAGAAGAGCAGUUAGGAGCAGACGACACCGCCCCCAGUGCAAACCGAACUGCACGCCACGACGCAACAGCAACGGCAGCAGUCGCCAGCACAACCGCGAACCCUCAUCCCGCAGCCCGGCACGAAGGGGGGACGAAGAAGAAGAAGAAGGACUCGGCGAAAGGCAGUCCGGAAUCACUGUCGCCUGUUCAUGCCGCCUCGACGCAACAUCCUACAUCCAAAGGCGUCUGCUCGUGCGGCCAGGCCGCCGGCGAACAGCGCGGUUGCAUCGCGUGUGCUGACCCCUUACAGCGAUGCAUGCGACGAGACUUCCAUCUUGCGUGUGUAGGGUUAGACCGGCGGGUGCCGGGUUGGCGGUGCGCGGUUUGCGCUUCUUGACAUACUUGAGCAUGUGGCGAGGUAGAUAGGGUAAUUGGCACUGUUGGAGAACUCCAUGGGAAGAAGACAGGGUAGCAGGCAUGUACCCUUUACGAUAAGGUAGUGUAAGAUUCAAAGCAAGUAAAUCGCCCGAGUGUCCUCGAAUGGGGGAGAGGGAUAAGAACGAGAGGACCAAAUAGCACUUCUUCAAACCACCUUGCAUGAUCUCGUAGACAGGGUAUAUCCAAUAAUAAGCAAGCAAACUCCCAAGCCCCCAAUCGUCACCAUCAUCUCCCAAGUCAGUCAUGUAAGAAGUUCG